AAGGGAGCUGUCCAAGUGCUGAAAACAGAAGAGAAUCAGCACCGCUCCUGAAGAGAUGCCAUACACCCUUACUGCUGUCUGAGCUUUAUUACCAAAGGUAAUAAAUUGCCUACAAUGCUGCAUUUCCACCACAAGUUGCCCGCGGGGGGAGCCGUGGUCCUGCUCGCCGUCCUCCUUCAUGGAUACGCCGUGCAGGCUGCAUCUCUCCCCCGUCAUUAUAGGCUCCGAGGCGGGGAAAGUGAGGGGCAGCCGGCUGCCUACCCACCCAGCUCUGACAUGAUCAAAGCCCUGGAGUACAUUGAGAACCUGAAGCAACGAAAUGGGGAUCGAUCCGAACCUGUGGAUUAUGACGAAGUGGACAAAUUCAGGGUUCUGCUUCAGCUUGCUUCGCAACAGGACGAGGGUCCUGAACGUCGGCCCACCCCCGGCAUGAGGCAGGACAUUACAGCUGAGCAGCUGAUGAAAGCCAUGCUCAAGUCUCUUCAGGAUCAAGUCGGAAAAGACGCAGGGUUCAGUCCCGCAUCAGAACCCAGGAACGAUCGCCGAACACACAGGCACCGCACCAAAGAUACCGAAUUACCCGAAAGCGCACCGGCAGACUACGGCAAUUUCCCUAGACCCCACAAGAAAUAUCCGCUGAUGUUUGAAGAUGAAGAGAAUACAGACGCUUCCAAGCGCGCAACAGAGGACCUGGAUGAGCAGUACACACCUCAGAGCCUCGCCAACUUAAGAUCUAUCUUUGAAGAGCUCGGGAGGAUGCCCGCUAUCGCUGGCCAGAAAAGAGAUGUGUUCGGGGAGGAUGACGAUGAAGGAGAAGAAGAGCUCAGCCCGAGAAAUCGGGCUUACGAGGAUGUGACCGGUGGAGAGGAGUGGGUUCCUGUGGAAGAGAGGGAAGAAACAGAAGAGAUGGUAAACCGGAGUCACGAAGAAAUGGACAGGGCGAUCAAUGACCAGGAGGAAUCGGAACGGGAGGAGAUGCAGCGCCGCGCCAGCCAGAACCAAGAGGAAGCUGAUGAUGACACUAAGCUCGUAGAUUACUACCUGUUGAAGGUCCUGGAGAUGAGCGAUCAGACACAGAAGAGGGAUCAGACUGGUGAGCAAAGGAAGAGACUGAUCCGCCCCUCUAUCGUAGAUCCUCGGACCGUGAAGGAAUUGUUGGAGCUCUCCCUCAAGCUCCACGUGCCCCCUCAGGACCUUAUUGAUAUGCUGCUCACAGAGGAGCUCAGAAAGCUCCAUCGCAAUCCCCAAGCCUCAACCCGCUACACGGCCGGCCAAACACCCAAGAUCAGGUACUUCAGCCGUAGACUGCCACUGAAGAACAAGCCUGUGCCUGAUGACAUGGACAGAGAGGACUUUUUAGACAUAAUUGGGGUGGAAACUAUCAGUAACGAGUAUCCAGUGGUGCAGAAUCCCAUGAAGACUGCUUCAUCCACAAGCAGAAUUCAGGCGGCGUCCAAUCCUGCCACAAACACAGGUCCAGUUAAAAUCCCCCCUCCCUCCGGCCGUAGGGAGAACCUAUUUUUAUCGGAGCUCAACAAAAUGCCCCUGAAACGUCAGGCUGACGGCGCUGACGACGACGGCGACGACGAUGGUGACGUGGAAGAUGAGGUGACGACUUACCUUGCUGCGAAAAUCCUCACAGAGUACCCCAACACCAUCUCUAAGCGGGACACCCAGGCGCAGCUGAAGGGGCAGUUCCCCUAUGAGCUGUACGAGCGCGCCAUGAAGGACUACAUGGAGCAAGCAGACAACGAGAAAAGGCCAGUGGCCAAGAGGGAAACCGAGUUGGCCAUGGAGGAGAAGGUGAAGCCCACAGAGAUGCAGGGGAAAGAAGAGAUGACGGUCAAGACAUCGGCUCCACAAACCGUGAAUGAAGAAGAGGAGAAGGAGCACCGUGAAACAUCCGUCGCCGGGAUGUAGCCCAAUCCCCUGCAAUACGCAUUAUUAUGAAUAUAGUAUUUAUACAGUCUAAAAACAUUAAGUUUGGUGGACGUGAUCUAGUUUACAAAUUUCUAUUAUUUGAAAUAUAGCUGGUAUUAAUAUCACCCUAACGAAAAUUAACUAUAGCAAAUUAUUUUAACAAUGAAGUCCCUACUUGCUGCAAGAAUCUUCUAGAAAUAUUUUAAUGAUACUGCAAGAGAGUAAAGGUGCUACCAGUGAGGCAAAAGGUGAUCUUAUAACACAGUGGAUGGAAGCUCUGAGUUAGCUUGAUAAAUUACAUUUAAAAUCAAACCUGACAAACUGAAGUUGUGAUGUUGUUUAAAGAUUGUUUACAUGAAAUGGUGUUUGUAAACAACCCUAUAUUUUAAUCUAUAUGCUAAUCAGCUGAGAAAUGCUCAAAUAAAAAGCUAAUUUUUCAUCUGUGUCAAAGUAUUCAAUUACAUAUGUGAAUAUAACAUGUAAAUUAUUAGAGUAUAAUUAUGACCGGGCCUACAGUAGAUCAAACAGAAGCACUAUAAGGAAUAUUAUAGGGAUUUUUCGUUAGGGCCAUGUGCUGGGCUGAGAACGAGUGUUGUUGUGACUCGUGACAUAUUCAGGGUUAGUGAUUUAAAUGUUAAAAUAUAAGUAAUUAUUUAAAGUCUAAAUAUCAGACCGUCGCCUGCCUUCUAACCCUUUCAUACUGCAAAGCUCUGUAUUGUCGGCCUAACAGUGGUUGUGCUGUGUAUGCUCAUUUUUAAACCAUUUUGUACAUGUUCAACAAUGUGUGAUCGAUCACAGAUCAAUAAAGCAUCAGCGGUAUUAUUUUU